ACAGUAUUCCUGAAAUCAUUCGAAAUGUUCAAGUCAAUUGUUUUGUUGAGUGUUGUGGCCUGUUCAUUGGCUGCUGUUUUGCCUGACGGUGAAAAUGUGCACGUAAAUGUACCGAUUGUUUCGGUGGAAAAUGUUGUGGAGCCUGACGGUGCCUUCCAUUUCAACUACGAAUCCGCCGAUGGAACCAAAGUGCACGAGGAGGGAACCAUCAAAGCAGGCUCCAAACCCGAAGAAGUUGUGGAAUCGGUGCAAGGAGGCUACGAGUUCAUGUCUCCCGAAGGCAAAAAGAUUUUGGUGCAGUAUAUCGCCGACGAAAACGGAUUUCAGCCACAAAGUGACAUCCUCCCAGUGGCCCCCCCAAUACCCGAAGCCAUCGCCAGGUCCAUCAAAUACAACAUGGAGCACCCACAGAAAGAUGAUGCCUAUGUUGUCCAGAAAAAAGUUGUUGCUUGAAAAAUUUGCUAAAAAAUUAUUUUAAUGUCUGUAAAUAUGUAGAUAUGUAUAAUAAUAAUACAACAACCACAAAUAAAUAAAUAUGUAGC